CUGAGAGGACCCAAAAAGAGCUCUGGACGAGGACAAUCCGCACCAAGAGCAAAAAACCGAAGACAAACAGAGAGAAAAUACGAACCGGCUUUUAACUUCAUAUAUGAAUCGAUUCUGUGAUAUUUCUUGAUCGUUGUGCGUGAGAGUGUUUUAAAACGAGUGCUCGAAUUUUCUCAAAAGCAGAGCGCGUCGGAAAGAACAUGAACGUACUAUUCUGCUGCGAGAAUCCGUCGACGUCCCAAAAUGAAAUUAGAACUAUCGACGAUCCGACGUUGUUGCAGGAUCGAGUACUAAAAAACCUGCUGAAGACCGAGGAUAGGUACACGUUACCGUAUCCUGCGAAUUUUGCUGGUAUUCAGCAUGAGGUCACGCCUCAAAUGAGGAAAAUCGUCGCGGAAUGGAUGAUGGAGGUGUGCGAAGAACAAAAAUGCCUAGACGAAGUGUUCUCCCUCGCAAUGAACUGUAUGGACAGGUUUUUAAUGUGUUGUGCUAUAAGGAAAAAUCAGCUGCAGUUAUUAGGGACAGUGUGUAUGUUAGUAGCGUCGAAACUACGCGAGUCUAGGCCUCUAUCCGCCGAUAUGUUAGUGUAUUAUACGGACAAUAGCAUAAAAAAAAGUCAGCUUUCGAGCUGGGAACUUCUAGUCUUAAGCAAAUUAAAGUGGGACAUAGCCGCUGUGACGCCACAGGACUUUCUAAAGCACCUUUUAAAUAGGCUGCCCAUCCAGAGGUUAGGUUUCGACUACAACAUGGUGUUGAACCAUGCAAAGACACUCAUAGCUUUAUGUGCCAGAGAAUUCGAGUUCUCCAGGUAUCACCCCAGCAUCAUCGCUUGUUCGAGCAUAGCUUCGGCCUUAUUCGGUUUGGGUUGGACGACGAAGAGCGGGCACGCGACUGACGCCCUCCUGCAGCAACUGACUGAAAUAACGAAUAUAGAAAAGGAUUACGUCGAGGAAUGCCUGCACCAAAUCGAGUGCAUGCUUAAGGAGUCAGCCGGUUAUUCGGAAGCGUCGAAACAGUCAGAGACGUCGAUCAGGCCUGACGAAUUCACGCCCCCGCCUCCGGCAAAAAACCCCGAGAUUCAGGUUCUCACCCCAACUGACGUGCACGACAUCCAUUUUUAAAAGUGUGUUGGUCCAUUAUGUGUUCUAGUGAUAUAUUAAUAUUUUUAUUUAGCGCUUCCAAAAACAUUUUUCAAAUUGAAUUUAGUUUUUAAAACGUGCCCGAAUAAGGUGUUUGUAUAUAUAGUGAAAAAGUGUACCUUAAUUCCCAUUUCGUCGUUCGCAACGCGCCGUAUUUUAAUGGGCAGCGGAUAGGGAGGCACCAUAUCAAACUUCUUUUUCCUCUUUGUUUUUUACUACCUGUUGGGCACGAGCACAGGGGUCGUUCGCUCAAAACAUGAACCGACUUAUACGAAAUUCAAUAAUUUUCAACUGCGGAAAGCUUCUUUUAAAAUUACAUUUAUACAAUUAGCAGGCCACAUAAAAGUGUGCCCCCUCCACUCUCCUUGAAAUGCGACGCGCGACAAAAUCCAAGUAUAUAACGAGUGCCUUUCGUUAAGAUAAUGGAGAAUGACGGACGUGAAGAGAAUUCAUUUCGGGGGAAGGCAUCAAAAUACGCUUCGAAUAAAAAAUGAGAAAGCUAUAUAAUUGUGACACCGUGUAUUAUUUUUUUAUAUGGUUGCAGCCCCGACGUGGGCGAUAUGCCACAGAAAAAGGUUCCGACAAUUUGUAGGUUUCUAAAUAGGUAAAAAGACAGCAUGCUGUGAUAAACGAACUAUUGUCCCUGUUAAAAUCUUUUGCUGAAAUCGAUACGAAUAUCCCCAACUUAUCUCGCAGGCGAUAUCUCUGACUAUUUAGCGUUGUUCUAGUCCGAAUUACUUGAAAUUUGCUGGUACAGGAUAAAUUUCAACGAUUUUCUCGUCAAUCAUAUGAUAUCCGAUUACCACUAGAAACGCGGGCAUUUUAUUUUUGCGUGAAACUCGCACAAGUCUUUGCGAAAGGCGAUAACGGGGCGGUCAAAUAUGAGUUUGCUCCACACGCUGAGCACUGUUGCUGCAAUGGCCAAUAACAUUGUUUUCAAAUCUUAAUUUUCCAUUUUUAUUCAUUUCGUACAGCUGCUAGGUAUAUAGAGCUCCUUGGCUGUGCUACACUAUGGGAAUUUAUGAAGCAACUGUGGAAAAAAUGUUGAAAGGGUUUUUAACCAAUGACCUUGCGGCAUUCAACAACCAACAAGGCUGCUAAAGGACGUCAAUAAAAAUAAAUAAGAACUAAAAGUUCAGAUCUUCUCGAAAUUAUAUAUUAUGACAUGACAAUUGUUUCGACAAUGCCGUGUCUUUAUCAAAUGUGAUUUGACAGAUGACAUUUGAUAAAGACACGGUGUUGUCGAAACAAUUGUCAUGUCAUAAUAUAUAAUUUCGUGAAAAUCUGAACUUUUAGUUUUUAUUUAUUUUGAUAAAUGGAUUUUCAUCAAGUAAAAGCCACCUCAGUUCAAUCGACGUCAAUAAAUAUCGUGUGUGGAGGCGUAGGGGGAAAAUAACUUCUUCAAGAAAAUAUCGAUGCCGCCUGCGGUGCAAAAAUAUUUACCAUAGUAGGACCACUAUAUUAACUAAUAGCUAUAUGGUUUAUUUGAGUAAUCGGUAAAGACUUUUAAAAUUACAAUAUUACCUUUUGGAUAAAAGCAUUAAAAAUUUUACCCUAAACGUUAUGAAAUACUUUAUAACCACAUAUUCUAUUGUUUGUCGACUUUUAGGUUGAUUAUCUUAUUCAGAUAAAUCAAUUUCGUCUGAAGAAAUAAGUAGACGAAAACUAAAAAUCAUUCUAUUUGAUGCCCAGAAAUCAAUGGAAGCAUAGAGGAGCCAAUUAUUUCUUCGCUCUGUACCAAACAUAAUUUAAUGUACCUAUUUUGAGCACCUAUUUAGAGAACCUUCCCAUCAUUUUGAACUUGACAUAUAUUUUUGAUCUGUGCAAUAUAAAAAAACCAAAUUUGAUACGUAAAUAUAAUUUAAAAAAAAAACUAUAUAUAGUAUUGUAAACCUUUUUGUGUGGAUAUACAAAAAAGAAUAGUCAUUUUUUUUCUGUAAAUAGUAAAUAGGUAAUGUCAAAGUUUUUUGAAAAUUUUGUUCCUAAUGAAAUCCAUUUAUUAGAUUUAAUUACAUAGAAAUAGGUUACUAACUGAAAAUAUAAACGAAAGUAUUCCAUCGCUGAGCACAAUGAAAAAUUUGUGUUUUGGCGAUGGUUGCUACAACCUAAAGACUGCUCGAUUUUUGAAAGUAAUGUUACUAUAUAUCCGUAAAAUUAGAGAACCUCUACGCAUAUCAAUUAGGAAACUAAAACUAUAAUCAUAGAUCUACAAUAGAGAAGUAUGGUUUUGUUUAAUUUUCCGAAGAUUGUUUUUUUAGUUGCUUUGAAGUCGUUGUUAUAUCUCGCAUUAUUUAUAAUAAAUGAAAUACAUGUAUCGUUUAUUUUGGGAUAGGUGCAUUCAAAUUUUCACGUUCAUUUCAUAUGGCGAUUUUCCGUGCAAACUUGUAAUUCCUGUACGAGGCAUUAUGUUGUUUUGCAUGGCGUAUCAAAUGAGGAGUUGAUUUAUAAGCUACCAUAUGGUUUGGCUGUUAGCUUUUUACUGUAUUUUGUGAUUAUAAUUUCUAUUCUAUAGUAUAUUUUAGGUGAUCGAAAAGUGAUUUUAAAUUGAUACAAAAAAAAAAAUUAUGUACCCAAUAAUACAAAAAUUAUGAAUGUAUAUUUAGACGCACUUGCUGGGCAGAAUAACAUAACUUUUUACAUUGUAUGCUUUAUUUUUUGUAAAUACACAAAAAUUGUUAAUAUUUAGUUACUUUUAUCGAUGAUAUAGUUGUCUUUAUUUUUUGUAUAUAGUUUUGAGCCUCUGUACACACCAUCCAAUCAACAGCAUUUCCACUGCCAUAUUAUUACGUUGGUUACACUACUUAUUUCGAUGCUCAUUUAUUUACAAUAGUUCAAUUACAUAUACCUCACAAUCAGCGUUCUGUGCCUUACAGUAAAUAUUUUAUAUUUUAUUGUA